CAUCUUCCCCUCAAUGGUUGUUUAUUUUACCGAUCUCUCAUCUCUCACCCACUCCUCCUCAUCACUUUUAACUUCAACAUCAUCAGCAAAUCACUUCUUUUAACGGUUCUUUUUUCCUAUUCUGUAAGCUGAACCAUUAGCAAGUUAAACUCGGAAGUUACUCUUCAUUUGUGAAUAUAACAAGAAAAGAGACCAAGUCUAUCAAAAAUGCUGGAUGACAAAGAAAGAAGGAAAGCCGAGGUUCGAGCUCGACUCGAGGCUCAAACCCGCAAAAAGCGAGGUUUCAUGACACCAGAGAGGAAAAAGCGACUCAGGAACCUUCUUCGAAGAAAAGCUGCUGAGGCACUGAAACGUGAACAGGAACGGAAAGCUGAGGAACGAAGAAGAAUCAUUCGAGAGCGAACUGGAACUCCCAAAAAUUUGGACGGAGUCAAUGAAGCAACCUUACAAUCAAUUGUGAAGGAAUACUUCAAACGAGUUCAAGACCUUGAAAGCAAAAAAUGGGACUUGGAUAGAGCAACUCGACUCAAGGAGUUAGAGCUUAAAGAGUUACAAGAGAAAGUCAAUGAUUUGAAAGGAAAAUUCGUGAUUCCUCCAUUGAAAAAGGUUUCCAAGACUGCCAAUCAGCUGGAAAAGAUUCGAAUGUUUACUGCUCGUGUUUCCCAAAUGGAUUAUCGGAAUCAACUGAAGCAAGUCCAGAAGAAAGAUUACCGACUUGAAGGAGUCGAUGAAAUUGCUGUUUCUAAGCCCGAAUGGGCUCAACCAAAGAGUAAGACGACUUCAAUUUCCGAAGUUGUUUCCGAAGUUGUCUCUGCUGAUGAAGCAGAGGAUUAAUUGAUCUUACCUUAUUUAAUCUAACCUUGCUGCAGUCAUGUACCAAAAUUGACAAUUUAUGAACAAAUAAAAAAACUUAACAAUAAAAA